AUGGUUACCACGGAGGCCUAUCAUACCAUGAUGGUACCGAUCAUCGCCUUAUCGAAAGUUAUCGGAGUUGAAGUGUGGACGUCGGACAAAAUGUUCCAACCCAUGUCGUUCGUGCUCAUGGGUCACAUGUUGGCCUACAAUAUUUGCACCGCCUGCACGGUGUAUAAGUAUAGCAAUGAUGCAAUACAAUUGAUGAAAAUAACGAUCGUUUGUGGAGUAGGAAAUCAGUUGAUCGUGAAAUACUUCAUUGCGUUGUCGAAGAGGCAGAAAAUAAAAUUUAUGUACCAUAUCAUCGAGGAGCAGAUCUAUCGCCGAUAUAGCGAUGGGAGUAACGAGGAGCGGACCAUCGUCGAAAAAACUACUCGCUUCAUGAAUUCAUUGUGGAAGCUUUUGGUAACCUUAAACGUGUCGACGCUUUUCGUUUUCGGCGUUUGGCCUUUUUAUGUGUACUAUGCCACUGGGGAAAUUGUUCCACUUUUUAUGUACGAAAUACCAAUGACCAAUCUUGAUAAUACUCUCGGGUAUGUCUUGAAUCUGGUUUUUCAUCUUGAUACUUACAUAAUCGGAGUAAUGGGUAUAUUACUGGCCGAUGGUUUCUUCAUCAUUAUCGUUUUGCAUAGUUUAACUAUUGUUGAUCUUUUCAUUUUACAUAUGAAAGAGUUGGAGGAUUUGCUACGUAUGGAUGAAAACCAGGGGAAAGCUGAUCGAGUUGCUGAGAAGUGGAAACGUUGUCUUCAGGAUCAUCAGCUUGCUACAGAGUAUCUACGUAAUACUGAAGAAAUCGGCAGGCUUAUGAUUUUAAUUCAGCUUUUCGGCUGCAUUUACACCAUAUGUGAUGCGAUGCUGCUCUUGACAUUGACGGACUGGUACGCAUCGCUUUGUUUCCUGAUUGUCUUAUUCGUGGAUGUUUCAAUUUUUUUCAUCCUUGGGAAUAGUGUUGAACUUAAGAUUGACGAAAUGUAUCAGCGUAUAACGGAUCUACCCUGGAAUAUGAUGACCCUAUCACAGCAAAAAGAAUUCUCAUGUAUGGUACAUCGAAGCCAGCUACCAUUGAUGCUAACUGUAUAUGGCUUUACUCCACUGAAUUUCGAGACCUACAUGUCGGUUCUCAAAUAUUUGUAUCAAUUUUUUGUUAUGAUAUUGAAAUAUGUAAAGUAG